AUGGCUGACGACAAGAAGAAGCACAAGAAGUCCAAGAAGGAUCCCGACGGCGGUGAAGCUGCUGAAGGUAGCAGUGAAAGGAAGGAAGGCAAGCGCGCUCAGCGAGCCACUUCCAACGUUUUCGGUAUGUUCCCUCAAAAUCAAAUUCAGGAAUUCAAGGAGGCCUUCACUCUCAUUGACCAAAAUCGUGAUGGCUUUAUCGAUAUUGAGGACUUGAAGGACAUGUAUGCUUCUUUGGGUCGUACUCCCGCCGAUAAAGAGUUAAAGGAGAUGUUGGAGGAAUCCCCUGGUCCUCUCAAUUUCACCAUGUUCAUCAACCUCUUCGGUGAGAAGCUUAAUGGCACUGAUCCCGAGAGCGCUCUGAUGAACGCUUUUGCCAUGUUUGAUGAGGAUAACAAGAAGUCCAUCUCAGAAGAAUACCUCAAAGAUCUUCUUGAACACAUGGGUGAUAACUUCAGCCCUGAGGAGAUCCGACAAACCUGGAAAGAGGCCCCUAUCCAAGGCGGACAAGUGGACUACGAGAAGUUGGUCCGUUUGAUCAAGCAUGGAAAUGAGGAGCUCUAA